CUGUCAGUUAGGUAACCUCACAUAAAUCUGCUUCAGAGAGUCCCCAGAAACUCAGGGAUCUUCCCAUUAGAACAUUUCUCCCUCAGCGGUAUGGCAGGCUAUCUGGGCAGGCUAUGCCGUCUUCCUCGAAAGACUACUUUACGAGCAACCGAGGAGCGUGGCAAGUGGGGUAGCAAAAAGGAGUUCAUCCUGUCUGUGGCUGGUGCCAUUAUUGGGCUUGGAAAUGUGUGGAGAUUUCCAUAUUUGUGCUACAAGAAUGGUGGUGGUGCAUUCUUCAUUCCUUAUGUCCUGUUCCUUGUGACCUGUGGCAUUCCUCUGUUUGUACUGGAGACGGCGCUGGGCCAGUACACCAGUCAAGGAGGAAUCAUGUGCUGGAGGAAAGUCUGCCCCUUGUUUGAAGGCAUGGGAUACGCCAGCCAAAUUAUCCUUUUCUAUGGAUGUAUCAGCUACAUUGUGAUUAUAGCCUGGGCUUUUCUCUACUUUUUCUCUUCCUUCUCUGGCAAGCUGCCAUGGGCCUCAUGUAAUAACACAUGGAAUACAGAUUCUUGUGUGGUAUUGAACAACUAUAAUGCCACUGCUAACUGGACCUCGCCCAUGAAUGCUUCCUCAUCUGUAGUAGAGUUUUGGCAACUACGAGUGCUAAAAAUAUCCACCGGCAUAGAUGCCUUAGGAAGCGUACGGUGGGACCUUUCUUUAUGCCUUCUUCUGGCCUGGAUCAUCUGCUACUUUUGUGUCUGGAAGGGAGUGAGAUCCACAGGAAAGGCUACCUAUGUCACAGCCACAUUCCCCUUCCUCAUGUUGGGGGUGCUGUUUCUCAGGGGAAUGACACUUCCUGGAGCCUUCCAUGGCAUCAAGUACUACCUGUACCCCAAUCCUGCACGGCUCGCUGAUCCGCAAGUUUGGAUGGACGCCGGAACCCAAAUAUUUUAUUCCUAUGCUAUAUGUUUGGGAUGCCUGACUACACUUGGGAGCUACAACAAGUACAACAACAACUGUUACAGAGACUCCUUCUAUCUUUGCUUGUUGAACAGCGGGACUAGCUUUAUAUCUGGCUUUGCCAUUUUCUCAGUUCUGGGCUACAUGUCACAGAAAUCGGGCAUCGACAUUUCUUCAGUUGCUGAGUCAGGCCCUGGCCUUGUGUUCAUAGUCUACCCACAAGCUGUGACCCUUCUUCCAUGGCCUCAGGUCUGGUCCGUGUGCUUCUUCUCCAUGAUCAUCUUGUUAGGAAUAGACGGUCAGUUUGUUGGGCUUGAAAGCAUCAUGACCUCUCUAACAGAUGUCUACCCUUCCCAGAUCCGAAAAGGAUAUCGCAGAGAGCUUUUCCUGAUGCUGAUCUGUGCUCUUUGCUUUAUGUUUGGCCUGUUAUUGGUGUCAGAGGCUGGAGCAUACAUUCUGCAGAUCUUUGAUCACUAUGUCUGCAGCGGCCCCACUCUUCUUCUGAUGGCAAUCUUCCAGUCACUCAUUAUUGGAUGGAUUUAUGGUGCUGAACGCUUCAGUGACAACAUUGAGGACAUGAUCGGGUACAAACCUCUAUCACUGAUCAAGUACUGCUGGAUGUUUGGCACCCCUCUUAUUUGCAGUGGCACACUUGUGUUUUUGCUCCUGAGAUACUCCCCCUUGAAGUUUAACAACUCCUACGUGUAUCCUUGGUGGGCGUACUUGAUCGGCUGGUUUUUGGCCAUGUCGUCUCUUACAAUGAUUCCAGUGACCAUAGUCUGCAAACUAGUCAAAGGAAAAGGGACUCUCUGGCAGCGUCUCAAGACAAGUUCCAGACCUGCAGAUGACCUUCCAGUGAUUGCAAAGGAAAUGACAUGCAUCAGUGCCUCACUGCAUGUCCCUGAUGAUGGAAAAAUUUGCAACUUGUAACAAAAUUUCAAUCAACACACAAAAUGGUAUAGAGCAGGUUUUUACUAUAUAUAGGUUUAUGGUGGUAUUUAUGUUUAUAUUUAUGGUGGUAGCAUUCAUUUCAGAUACUGAAUGUACAAAAUUCUACAUUGAGUUGCGCCCAAUUUAUACAACCCAAAUCUGUAAUUCCUCAAAACCUGAAGGACAACAAUGGUGUUUCUGCAUGAUUUAGCACCUUCACUACAAACGCACAAAUGAAUGCAGUGGAAAGUUAUUUAAACUCAGAUUAUAUUUAGGCUGUUAUUAAAGCACCUGCUGUAAAUUUGAAAUAUUUCCGAUAACAUAAUAUUAGUGACUAAAUAAGCAACAAUCAAUUUUAGGAGGAAAACAGUUUUACCUAUUACUUGUUUAGAGAUCAACACUUAAAAACUAAAAGCUAAUCUACUUCAUCAGGAAGGAGGUAGUUUCAUCAGAUUUAAUGUCAUCACUUUGUCAACAUAAUCAAACAGGGCAUCAAGAAUAAAAACAUGAAUUCAGGGCAGUGUUUUGAUCUACAAGAUCCUCUUCAAUACAUUGCUUUGAAAAGACAAUUAAAGUAUUUAUUUGGAGCCCAACAUUGUGUAGACUUUUGUCCUUUGUGCCCUGCAUUUUUUGGUCUUGCCUCUAUGUGACCAAGAUUGUUCUACAUUUUGCAGAAAAUAGUGUCUUCAUGUAGGACCUAUCACUCACAAUAAGAGGCUGGUAGAGAAAAUGGAUUUAUUUGGCAUUUAAAGGAAUAGUUUGAUAUUUUUGGAGAUACACUUUUUCUUGAUAGAUCAAUUGUCAUGUUGGCAGAGUUAAUAUGGAACUACAGCCAGAAGCUGACUGGAGAGACUCAUUGGUGAAUUAGUGGUCUUUAGAGGUGCCGAAGGCUUCUUUUUAUACCAUUUCACAGAGCCAGGCUAGCUGUUUCAACGCUGAUCUUUGUCCUCAUUCACCUCUUCUGUACAAGGUUUCCCGUCACAUUCAUCUGUGAAGUAAUAUAGUAUGCGAUUACCAGCAUACUGUUCACACUUAAGUCUACUCAAUCAAGACAUGUCAUGUCAUCCAAGUCAUGUGACUGGAUCACAUGAUUGGGUUUGCCCAGUCUGAAGAGGUGUAGUGCCUUUUCAUACUCAGAAAUUCAUGCUAGUCUAGUAUGCAUCCAGCCAGGCAUUUCUUGCGUACACAAAAUCCACAUUUGUGCAGUUGCAACAUACUCAAUUUGACAUCAUACUUAUGUUAGUAUGCGAUUAUACCCAUGUUCCUCCCCUUUGUUCUCCUCCUGUUUUUCAAACAGGCCUGAGCUGCAGUGAUUGUUAUUAUAAUAGACUUAGUCAUUCAUAUGAUUCCAUCAGUGGACUUUCUGUAGGUCCUCACACUAGGGCAUCAUCACCAUCGUUGCUGUCUGUGGUGUCAAUUUUCAGACACAAGUCUCAUUUAUUUUCUAUGCAGUAUAAAGUAUGGAGUAUUUACUUCCUCGGCCUGUUAAAUAAGUGUAAGCUACUUGCUGCUUUUAAUUCCAUUUCCUUGGAUCACUAUAUUGAUGAGGUAUUUUUAUA